UGGGAUGGAUCAUUUAUUAACGAUUACCCUGAUAUCGAGCCUCAGGUGACGCUCAAACUUACGUCCAUGGCAUCAAACCAGAGAAAAGUCCGGGGAGCCUUGGUACGAUUUUAGCCGAGUCCAUAUUCACCAAUCUGACCUUUCCAUGUAUUGGGGUUACCGGCUUCUGACCUGAGCUCAUGGGAUAACCUUGUAGGUACUACAAUUAAUAAAUCUCCAAAUAUUCUAACGUCACUCCUCUUAUUCUACCCUUGCUAACAUGCGGCAACCAUUGAUUAUAAGGGAAAGCAAGAUUAAACUAAUUGGCUCACAUAUACAUUUACCCGCGCUCAGCGAGAGUGGACAGUCGUAUAUUUCUGGCCUUGGCUUGAGCAAUGCCGAAAGCGGUCGUCGGCAUGGAGGUCUCUGUGGUGUUUACACACCACUCCCACAAGCAGAGCGGAGCUAGCUUCUACAGUAGUGCUAGUAUAAUACGAGCACCGACUAUCUCUUAAACCCCGUGCGUGGUUGCGUGGUCUCGCGUUUGCCGGCCGUUCGGUUUCCCCCUUCAAGUCGCCAUCAAAAUGAAGUUAUUUAAUUUCAUUACUCUAGCGGCUUUGGCCGCGCUAGAAGUCUUUGCCGCGCCUCCUUUCCGCCAGCCGUUAAGCGCUGAAUCUUCUAAGCUGAGACGAAGGAUACCAGAUACCCAUAUCCAACAUGAGAAAAGAGCUGCGGUGCAAGAAAGAUCCUGGACGAAGAUACAGAGAGCAGUGCCUGAUGCUAUCUUACCUAUGCGCAUAGGGUUGAAGCAGCAAAAUCUCCAAUCAGGUCAUGAUUUGUUGAUGGACAUAUCAAACCCCGAGUCGAAGAACUAUGGCAAGCAUCUCUCGGCAGAAGAGGUAGUCAACUUCUUUGAGCCGUCAGAAGCAAGUAUCAAGGCAGUGGAGGACUGGCUCAUCAAGGCGGGGAUUCCGUCUAAUACCAUCUCGCAGUCUAGCAAUAAACAAUGGGUACAAUUCGAUGCCCCUGUUAAUAAAGUAGAAGAUCUCUUAUUGGCAGACUAUUACGUGUGGGAACACGUUGAUACAGGUGCUAAGAAUAUUGCCUGUGAUGAAUAUCACUUGCCAAAAGAAGUGAGAGAGCACAUUGACUACAUUACGCCCGGUAUUAAGUUGAUGGGCUACGGGAACACGCAAGAGGCUCCAUCGAAGAAACGGAGGGAAGCCAGUGUACGCCCCGUCUAUCGUUUCGGUCAGCCAGUUGACGAGGGUGAACUUGCUAAGCUCAAAAGUGAGAGGAGCAAGAAUGACCUCGCGACCCUUAAACGGACUACAGGACCGAACGUAGAGGGGCCUUUACGCUUUGCGAGCCCCGUGGAGCCUGCAGAUGUAGCAAGCGGCAAUUUCACGUUGCCUGGUGGUUGCGACCAAUAUAUCACACCGGAUUGUAUUAGGGCUCUGUAUGGCAUUCCGAAAGGAUCUAAGAAACACCCGGAUAACAAAAUGGGAAUUUUCCAAUCCCUCGGACAACACUACACACAACAUGAUCUCGACACAUUUUUCUGGAGCUUCACGGACGAAAUCCCGAACGGAACACAUCCUGAGCUCCUUUCUGUGGAUGGUGGGCAAGGAGCUACAACAAAUCUUAGGCUGGCCGGCUCGGAAGCAAACCUCGAUUUUCAAAUGGCGUACGGAUUGAUAUGGCCCCAGGAACCUGCACUCUACCAGGUUGACGACGAGUGGUACCAGACUAACUACGAGUUUGACCCGGAGUCAUACAUGGGGUUUUUUAACAACCUUUGGAACGCAAUCGAUGGCAGCUACUGUACCUUCGAGGCAUAUGGCGAAUCAGGUAAUUGUAAACGUCCCGAGUGUCGAGACCCUGUGUACCCGAACCCGCACGACCGUGCCGGAUACAGCGGGCAGCUGAUGUGCGGCGUGUACAAGCCGACAAAUGUCAUCAGUAUCUCGUAUAGCGGAGCCGAAAUCGAUCUCCCUGCGUCUUAUCAGCAGCGGCAAUGCGCCGAGAUUAUGAAGCUCGGCUUGCAAGGCUCUACGAUCAUCAUCUCAUCAGGCGAUGACGGCGUCGGCGGCUUCACAUCUCCCGCUGCGCCUACUGGCUGCUUAGGUCCCGCGCGGGACGUCUUCAACCCGCAGUUCCUCGCAACCUGUCCUUAUAUCCUGACGGUGGGAUCGACCGUCCUGCAGUCGAAUGGAACCCCUGGUGUCGACUCUGAGGAGGCGACGGAUAGGUUUCGGUCUGGCGGAGGAUUCUCUAACAUCUACGAUGCGCCGGAUUGGCAGAAGGAUAUCGUUAAUAAGUACCUCGAAGAGACUAAGCUCCCGUUCGAGGGCUACGAAGGUGGUGGCGGCAACUACAGCAACGUUGAUGCCGGUAUAGGCCAUUUUAACAAGCUAGGGAGAGCAUAUCCGGACGUCUCGGCCAAUGGAGACCACUUCGUUAUUUCGAGCGGCGGUGAAUUACUGAGUAUUGGCGGUACAUCCGCCUCGGCGCCGCUUUGGGGGUCAGUCAUUACUCUGAUUAACGAGGAGCGUUUAGCGGCUGGUAAAAGCCCGGUCGGAUUCGUUCAUCAAGUCUUGUAUUCUCACCCGGAAGUCUUCAAAGAUAUCACGAAGGGCGAUAACCGUGCAUGUAAGACGACUGGUUUCCCGGCUGCUGAGGGCUGGGACCCUGUAUCGGGAAUGGGUACUCCGGAUUACCCCAAGCUUUUGGAGCUCUUCUUGGGCUUGCCAUAAAGCUUACCUUGCGGGAGGGAAGUUGACGAUGUCUGUACUUUGGGAUUUUGUAAAGAACUCAACGGAACCUGGUUCCUGCGAAAUUUGUAUUAUUCUCAUAUAAAUAGCCACCGCUUGGGUAAUGG